AGAGAACAUGAAUCGCCCAAAACAGUUCUAACCCAAAAAUGGCAGAAGAACAAGAACUUGGUUUAUCAAGUGAUAUUGCAUUUGAUAGACUGAUUCUUGAAGCAAAAUCAUCAAUUGCUGAAUGGUAUAGUGUGAAUGUUGUCAAUAAGCUCAAACCGGAUGCUCAUCGCCCCAACAAAGUAUGUACAUUCUCUCAUUACUUCUGCACACGGACUUUUCUUUUUAUUCGAAUUUCAUUGAUUUUUCUGAUCGUUGGAUCGGUUGAUAUUGAAAAUCGUAUAACGUAUUCAUCGGCGACCGUCUAUGCUCUUCUACUUCUUUACACAAUUUUAUUGGAAGUAUGGCAGAACCGUAUUCGUUCAACAGCUUUUCAACAGAAAUAUCGGAAAGCAUUUGAUGCGAUUUUAGAGAUGGAAAAGCAGAAGCCCACAAAAUUCAACUACAAUCCGAAAAGUCUUGAAGCUGUAACCGAUGACGUGGCAGUCUGUCAGUCGUGUUUCCGUGAUGGACAAGUUAUGGAAGUUCCGAGGAUUCUGUUGGUCAUUGGAGAUGUGAUUACGUUUCGGCCAGGGCAGGUGGCUCCAUGUAACUGUGAGACAUUCGAUGGCCGAGUUCUAGCUGAAGGCGAUCGGCUCAGCUGGGAUAUCAAAUCCGAUAAGAAGUCUGGAUUUGUAGAUCCACUUGAGCCUGUUUAUGCUCGCGUUACAUGCUACCCAAUCAAGAAUCAUCUAGAAACAGCCCUAUCAGCUGAUGAUAGUCCUUUGCAAUUUGACUAUCAAUUACAAUAUAUGAUCCAUAAUGUUUUUGAGCAUUAUGUGAUACCAGUUGCUUUGCUCUGCUCAAUUCUCGGAACAAUUGUGCGAUUCUGUUACUCUGACGAUGAAAAUUUAUUCGGGACCAGAUUUGUGUUCGCUGUGCCAAGUCUUACUGUGCUCCCACUUCUGAUCCUUCAACUCCCACUUCUUCUUCAUUUUGUCAAGUUUAUAAAUAAUCGAGAAGUAGCAAAGUUCCUGGGAUUACCAGAUGAUUUCGAGUCUUGUAAGGAUUUGGUCAGCAUAUUAUCAAGUAUUACUGGGACCAGUUUUGUUGAUAAAAAAGGCAUUUUGUCAUGUGCCCAUCCGUCGAUCGAGAAAGUCGUGUUUGCCACAAAUCAGGCUGAUGAAUCCGGAACUCUUGGAAUACACCUAGAAGUGAUGAACUUGUCAUCUGAUCAGGAACCAACUAUAAAUUCAUCUGGUCAACCAUCAAAUAAAUGGACUCUUUCAAUGGAUGACCCCAAUUGGCAACGGUUUCUUCCAAAUCUUCUUCCAUUAUCCUAUAACUUACUUCUGAAUUCUUGUAAGCAAUCGGAAUCCUUCCAUCAGUUUGUGGAUCAUCUAGCUGUAGUGGCAACAAAAGUGCCCCGAACCAUUGCAACUGCAAAUCGUCGUUGCGUGUGCCAACUUCCCUCUCUUCUCGGCUUCACUUCGAAAAGUCUUGAUAACUUUCAAGGACCUCCAAAAAUUUUGGGUUUCUACAAAAAACAGCCGGGUGAAGCUGCUCUUCCAGGCCUUACAAAGCACCGGACACCUAUUGAAAUGGCAUUUUGUACAAUUCAUGAUGAUGCAAAGUCUCUUCAUAGUCAUUUAGCAUGCCAGGGAACUGCCAAUUUGGUGGUUGAUGCUUGCACGCACAUUUGGAAUGGAACGGAAGUUAUUCCAAUGUCAAAAAGAUUGAAAUCUUCGGUAAAAGAUUUUUAUUUGAGACAUUCAAUGACUGGGCAUUGCCUAGCUGUUUCAUACCGUCCAUGUUUCUCAAAGUUAGCAACUUCAUUGGCUGGAAAGUAUGUAGAAGUUCCAUUGAAUCAAGAACACUCGAAAAUUGAAACAGCACUGCCAAGAAGUCACAGUAACGAAUCGUUCGACGAAAUUGACUACACAAAAACCGUUCGUACCGCUGACUCUGCAAUCGAUCAAUAUUUCACGGGUCAAAUUCUGUGUGGACUCGUUGUUCUGCACUAUGAACCAAUUCCACAAUCUGUUUCAAUUAUUGAGAAACUGGAUCAAAUAUGUGUUCGCCCUGUUUAUUUUUCAAAAGAAAACGAGCUGCGGAGUAGAGUUUUUGCGGAGAAACUUGGAAUUGAAGCCGGAUGGAAUUGUCAUAUUUCGUUAGCCGAAGAGGAAUCGGCGCCUGUAAGGAAGGCUGGUGUGGCUCAUGAACAAUUUUUGGCGCAGAAACCAAGUAGAUCAAAGUUUUGGAGACGAAUCGCAUUAAGUGAAUCUAACUUGGAAAGUCUGGACUGCGAAUCUCUCGCCCGUGGAUCUCCAUCCCUUCGGAAAAUGAGCGUGGUUUCUGCGAAAAUGGCUCCAAUCCCAAAUAUUGCACGACUCCCGACGGGUGUUCAGAAUGUUCGGCCGCAUUUGGAUGAAGUAGAUAAUGUUCCACUUCUCGUUGGAUUAUUCACAGAUUCAAACACUUCUGCGGUCGAGGAAAUGAUUGAGAUUAUGCAGGAAAAUGGAGAAGUUGUGAUGGUAGUGGGAAGUUGUCGGAAUGCGAGUAAUUCAAUGAUCUACUCAAAAGCUAAUAUUUCCGUGUGUGUGGAUGAUGUAGAAGAACCCGCAUGCCGGCUAUUGGAUCAUCCAGUUGAAUCUGUGAACAAUAAUGUUAUGCAGAUUUCAAGUAGGCUUACUGCGUUAGCCACGGAUUUUCGAUUGGAUCAUGUAAAGCUUCUAAAAAUGUCAUCACUGAUAGUAUGUGCUCGUCAUCGAAUGUCAUCAUUCCGUCAUUCUCUUCUAUUUAUUCUAUAUGCUUCACUUUUAUAUUCAGUGACAAUUCUCAUGUCAACAUUCUUCUUUCUACCAAUUAUUUUCACACAUUCUCAAACUAUUUUGACCUCAUUUCUACAUAUUCCUGUAUUGUUUUUGGGCACUUUAUUCACAAGUUUUGAGCCAAAAUCAAAGAUAAUAAGGAUCGCACCAAAGAACUCAUCUGAAAUUCCAAAAGUAGAAAAGCUGAAAACAGUGAGUCAGUUCAUUUGGCAAUUUGUUCCAUCUGCUGUAUACAUCAACAUUCUAUUUCUCAUCCUUUUAAUGGCAAACUCCAAUCUCAUGUGCUCAUUUUCCGAUAUUUCGUGCUUAUUCAAUACGGACGGAUCUGCAGGUUCACAGCCACUUUUGGAAUUUAAUGAGACAAGAUUGGGACAAGUUAGUCUAUCAACUGAGACAAUAAGGCAUAUCAUUGGAUUACAGAUAACUGUUAUCUAUUGUGUCUUGUCAUCAAGUUUUGUCUACGGGCUAUCUUCUCUAUGGUACGAAUUUCCAAUUAAGUGUCUUCUUUGGGAUGCAGCUGUCAUUGUGUGUCUUAUCACCCAGAUUGGCUAUUCAUAUCUUCGAGGUGUUCAUCUUUCCGACCUCUUUUCCCUUCUUCCAUUGGGAAUUUUAUUCAUAUGGAUAUGUAUUAUUGUAAUCGUCAAUGAGUUGAUCAAAAUCCGUCGGAUACGUCAAUUCACUCGUGAACAAAGAAGAACCAAAUUCGAAUUUGAUACAAAACUCGGAAUGAACUCACCAUAUUAAUCACUUGCUCAAGAAAGUUUUGCACACGGGUCGUUGUAUAGAAUAGCGUGUAGAUACUACAUAUUUUUUUGAAAACAUAUGUUUAAAAUUCAAAAUAAAUUAUUUAACAUUGACUG